UCGUACGCUGUCUGAGCAGUGCAUUAGCAGAUAUCACUCAUAGUUGAAAGCAUAACAACAUAAGAUACAGACUGAAAUGGGCGUUCCUCGAUUAUUUACCUGCUUACAAAAGCCAGAAAAUGCUUCGAAGCUCAAGGAUCGCACUCCACUGCGCCAAAGAAUCUCAUACUCCACGGGCCAUCUCUUCAACGACUUGUGCUCCGCUGUUUGGUUCACUUACUUUAUCGUAUACUUCAACAAAGUUGUCGGACUUUCCACCACGGACACUGGACUUCUCUUCCUCAUUGCUCAAGGCGCCGAUGCUAUUCUUACGCCGUUUAUGGGCAUCGGCUGCGAUCGAAUCGUCAUUAAACGCUUCGCGCCUUACGGUAAGAGAAAGACUUGGCAUUUGUUUGGCACGAUUUUCGUGGCAGUCGCGUGGCCGUUCAUCUUCAGUCCUUGCUUAGCAUGCUCAGAAGAUAGCCCCAAAUGGCUCCCACUUCUGUAUUACUCGGUUACAGUGGUAAUUUUCCACGUCGGUUGGGCAGGAGUGCAAAUCGCGCAUCUUUCACUCAUUCCAGAGAUCGCCAGACGACCCGGUGAAAUUGUUGAGUUGAACGCUGUCAGAUCUGGUUUAACUUUUGUAUGCGGCAUCUUCAUCUACGUGGUAACAUGGAUCCUGCUAGGACAAGCGAGCGAAGAAGGCAUCAGCCCUAACUUAGCCAAAGAAUUCACGCAACUCAGCUUAAUUGUUGUAGCGAUUGGAUUUCUGUUUUCUAUCGUGUUUCACUGGGGAACAAUAGAACCAGCUACUUCAACAACUGGCGAAAGGAAGGAACUCACAGAAGAACCGCUGGACGAACAUUCAUCUGAUCAAAGCCUCUGUGUGGAGAUUGUGGAGAGAGACGCCCCUUCACACAAACCCAAAACAUGGCGGCAGUGGUUCAAAGAUCCUCAAUUUUACGCGAUGGGCGUCGUUUACACCUGCAGUCGUAUCACAGUGAAUGUUUCCCAAUCCUAUUUUCCAUUCUACUUGACGGAGACGCUUCACUUUCAGAAAGAGGCCAUCGCAUAUUUUCCUCUGGUCAUCCUGGUUACUGGUGCCAUUUCAAGUGUUCUUGUAAAGAGAAUCAGCAAAAGCCUGGGUACCAAGUGGACCUUCUGUUUAGCCUGCGCAAUCGUUCUUGGCGCAUGCGCUUGGUUUUAUCUUCAGACAAUCUCGGGCCGAGAGGGGGUGUACGCGGCGGCGUUCAUUUUGGGCUGCGGAAAUUCUGUCAUGCUUGUGACUGUGCUGUCUAUGACCGCUGACAUGAUUGGAAUCGAUAAGGCCUCCGGAGGCUUUGUUUACUCAGUAAUGGGUUUCUUGGACAAAGGAUUCGUGGGUGCGGUGGUGCUUGUGAUUCAGACAUUUUAUCCUGAUAGUCCUGACGGGGUGAUAUGUGAACAAUGUGGCAGUUAUGUGCGCCUUGUAUUUACCUUAACGCCAGGAAUAUCAGCUGUUAUUUCCUUGGCAAUCGUUGGUCUUUGUUUCAAGUCAAAACUUGUCUUGUCCUGUCGGCCAAGAAUUGAAAAAGCAGAUCAGAGCACGCAAACAAUACCCGUGGAAUGUCUUGCAGACCUUUACGAAAAGAUCGCUGAACUUCCUAGUUCUAACGUUUGAAUGAGAAGUGGCCGAUGGGAGGCGCAACAAUGCUGCACUGCCAUAGGGUUGGCUAAAAAAAACGAUGCAGUGAAAAUGAUGGUUUGAAGGUCCUAAUCUCAAAUUUUUUGAUGAUGUUAUGCAAUCAAUUGCAAGAAGCUGAAAUGAAGAUACAGACAAAGAUCAAGAUUGAGUUUUCGUAUCUUAAGGGCCACGCUACAAAGAAAAAAUUGGAGUUUUAAAUUAACUUUCUUUUUGAAAAUGUUUGGUUAUAUAGACAAAGAAACGCUAUUUAGAUGAUGCGGGAUUUCAUUUAUUUAUGUUGAACACGCAAGUAGUGGUAUUUAGUGUAAACCUAAGAUAAAGCUUUUCUAUAAGUUAUAUUAUUGUUUAAAGCUAUCAAAAGUUGAGACCAUCGCCUUCUUUUCACCAGAUAAUUUAUAUCACAUUCCAUUCACCACUGUAGCAGGCCAAGGGCUGAACUUAGGAGGCUGAGGAGGGAGUAAGAUGCUGUUACUGAAGUUGUACGAGGGAGGGGGGGAAGUCUCCCGCGCUCCAUACCCUGCCAGUCUGCUUCCCUCGCGUUUGUUAGAUGCCUAAUAAGCAAACAAGCGAAAGGAUGAAAUUUUGGUUAAAAUAUUGACCCUAGAAUAACAUUUUGAGAACCAUGUAGUCUGCAUCAUCCUUUGUUAAAUUCCAACAUAACCCUGCAGUAUGUCGCAUUUGAGAGCGCAUGAUAGCUAUAAAAGAAAAUUUGGGGAGUCCACGAAUCUUCUUCUAUUAU